CUAUAUUCAUGAAUCACGUGCUCUGAGAUUUCACUGACAGUCCUUGGAUUACUUUUAAGUUGUGGAAGGACUUUGCAUAAAACAAGAUGCUUAUCAAGGAAUACCACAUCCCUCUUCCCAUGAGUGUUGAGGAGUAUCGUAUUGCACAACUCUACAUGAUACAGAAAAAGAGCAGAGAAGAGACUUCUGGAGAAGGGAGUGGUGUGGAAAUCCUUGAGAACCGGCCGUAUAAUGAUGGUCCAGGUGGUUCUGGACAGUACACCCGCAAAGUAUACCAUAUUGGUAUGCACAUCCCCAGCUGGUUCAGGUCUAUUUUACCAAAAGCUGCAUUGCGUGUUGAAGAAGAGUCCUGGAAUGCUUACCCCUAUACCAGAACAAGAUAUACCUGCCCCUUUGUGGAGAAGUUUUCCAUUGACAUUGAAACAUAUUAUAAACCUGAUUCAGGCGAUCAGGCCAACGUAUUUAACCUCUCAACUGCUGAAAAAAGACAGAGGAUGAUUGAUCUGAUUGAUAUUGUCAAAGACCCCAUUCCACCUAAUGAAUACAAAACAGAAGAGGACCCUAAAUUGUACAAGUCUUUCAAGACAGGAAGGGGGCCUCUAUCUGAUAACUGGAUACAUGAAUGCAAGAAUAAGCCUGGAAAAAUGCCAAUUAUGUGUGCGUACAAACUCUGUAAAGUAGAGUUUCGAUACUGGGGAAUGCAGUCCAAAAUAGAGCGAUUCAUCCAUGAUGUGGGUUUAAGAAAAGUCAUGCUGAGAGCCCACCGCCAAGCAUGGUGUUGGCAGGAUGAAUGGUACGGCCUGACCAUGGAGGAUAUCCGGCGACUGGAGCGCGAAACACAACUCAUGCUGGCCCAGAAAAUGGCCCAGUUCAUGGCACAGUUUAAUUUAAACAACAGUGAGGCCGAGCAAACUGGUCCAACUCAAUCUUCCAAUGAAAGAGAUCAUGACGUCAACAAUUCUAUCAUCAAUCCAGAGCCUGACAGUGCCAACAUGAAGGACUACAGUGACUCGUUAACGGAAAGAUCACUAACAAAACAGUGGUCUACAUCAUCCAAAUCAUCACGUUCUUCAAAAAGAGGAGCCAGCCCUUCACGUCACAAUAUAGCAGACUGGCGAAUGCAGAGUAUUGCUCGAGAUUCUGAUGACAGCUCUGAUGAUGAAUUCUUUGACGCACAAGAAGAUUUUUCGGACAAUGAGGAGAUCUUCCCUCAAGAAAUCACAAAGUGGAAUUCAAAUGAUCUUAUUGAUAAAAUUGGAGCAGGUGAAGCGGAGCAGGGCCAAAGUGACAUGUACCAAGGACAAUUAACAGAUUGUGUUCCUACCAAUGCUGAGCAGCUCAAUUAUAUUGAGAUACACGUUAAAAAUAAGAGUGUCAGUACCUGUAUACCACAGAUUACAGUUACAAGUGUUCCAACAGAAGGUGCAUCACAGCAGCCUUUGCAGGCCUGCAAGAUUCAUGUCCUUGUCCUCGUUCUGCAUGGUGGCAACAUUCUGGACUCUGGCAGUGGAGACCCAACCUCCAAGCAGGCUGAUGUCAACACCAUAACUUCUGUCUUUGACACGGUGAUGAGAGUACACUUCCCUGCAGGCCUAGGUCACAUAGCAGUCAAGCUGGUUCCGUGCCCGGCCAUCUGCUCAGAAGCCUUUUCACUGGUAUCAAAGUGAGUUUUCCAGCUCAUGUGGUGCAAAGGAUAUAGUUAGUGGCCAAAAGAAAUACAAAGUUUACAGCAUUCUUGGUAG